CCGUUUUGUUUUGGCCAUGCGUUGGCGCAAUUUUUUUGCUCUCUCAGAGGAGCAUUGAAAAUCAGUCAAAUGAAAACCUGUUGAUGGAGUUGUUAUGAAUCAAAACAAAAAAUUUCAUGUGACGAACGUUUCAAAGAAAAUAAUACAAUGUCGUCCAAGCAGUUUAUCAAUAUUAACAAUAAAUAUGACCGUGUUGUAGUGCUGGUGGAUAUGGAUUGCUUCUACUGUCAGGUGGAAGAGAAAUUAAAUCCGGAAAUUCGUGGAAAACCUAUCGCUGUGGUGCAGUACAAUCCCUGGCAGGGUGGAGGUAUCAUUGCGGUCAAUUACCCAGCACGUGCCAAAGGUGUCACCCGACACAUGCGCGGCGAUGAGGCGAAACAACACUGUCCGGAUAUUGUGUUACCGCAGGUGCCGCAAGUUCGCGGUAAGGCGGACAUUUCCAAAUAUCGCGAGGCAGGCAAGGAAGUGGCCGCCGUAUUGCAAACAUUUACUCCGCUGUUGGAGCGCGCCAGUGUAGACGAGGCUUAUCUGGACAUUACGGAGCGCGUUUUGGCUCGGCUACGUGACAUGAACGAGGGCAAAUUUCAGCUGCUUCCGGACAAGCUAGCCAACACGUUUGCAGUUGGUUACGACAGUAUUGGGGAAUUUGUGCAGAAAAUAUCCGGCGAUUUGGACGGCAGGGUUAGCUCCCAAGAGUUGGAGAGUGAAGAGGACAGAGUUGCUUACAAGAAAAGCGAUAUCAAACUGUUGAUUGGGGCUUCCAUUGUGAAUGAAAUUCGAGCAGCAGUGAAGGAGAAAACCGGUUAUGAAUGUUCAGCAGGUAUUGCACAUAAUAAAAUUCUGGCGAAGCUAACUGCUGGAUUCCACAAGCCAAAUAAGCAAACUAUUUUACCCCUGAAAUGUAUAUCCAAAAUGUACGAGACACUGUCGUUGAAAAAGGUAAAGGGCCUUGGCGGUAAACUGGGCGAUCAAGUUUGCGAGCUUUUGAAGAUUCAAACCAUGAGUGAAUUGGCUAAAUUCCCCGAAAAAGUUCUGCAAAAUCAUUUUGAUGAUCGAAUGGGAUCGUGGAUGUAUCUCAUGGCUAAGGGAAUUGACCUUGAAGCUGUUACGCCAAAGUUCAAUUCCAAAAGCAUUGGCUGCUGCAAAAGAUUUCCUGGCAAAAAUGCAAUAAGUGGCAUAGCUACCCUGAAGCAUUGGCUUGGAGAGUUAGCCAACGAAAUCCAAGAGAGGCUAGAGAAGGAUUUGGACGAGAAUAAUCGUACAGCCAAACAAAUGACAGUAAGCUACGCACAGCAAUUUGGACAAAAUGAUGUUUCCAGUACGAGAAGCGUUCCCCUGGUUGGCUACAAUGCUGAACGGAUUGCUGCCGAUGCUCUGGAGGCCAUCAAACGAAACACCGAUGUGUUCCUUAAAUCUGAUAGCUCCGGUGCGUUGAACAAUCCUAUCAAGUUUCUUGGCAUCAGCGCAGGAAAAUUUGACGACAACGUUUCCGGGAGGAAAAGUGAGUUAAUACAAAUGUUCUCAAAUAUUGCUAACAAAGCGAAAGAAGGUGAAUCUUCAAGAGAAACUGUAAUUCCUCAACCAACCCAUCCAGCAAAUCCGCAGGAAAAGAAAAAUAUGAAAUAUUUCUUCAAGCCACCUGAUGAAGUGAACGAAACCGGAAACAGCACAACUCAAGACAAUAAUCAACUUAAUGUCCCACUCGAAGAAAAGCAGGGAAGCAGUAAUACAAAUGCCAAAUCAAAUCCUUGUACUAUUGUGAGCUUUUUCGAGAAAACUUCCAAACAAAACGCUGCAGUUGAGAAGCCCGAAGAACCUGAUGAUAAUUUGGCUGAUAGACAACCUACAAUUGCAGAAAUGGAAGCCCAACUGUUUGAAGAUCUAUCAGCCCCGUAUUUGAACGACACACAGCCUAUGGAAAAAGCAAGCCAUGUUGUGGAAAAUCUGAACACGCUGCAGCCGUCUCCAUCUGCAGCGGUCCUUCUGGAUGCAGUUAAUGGCCAAGAGAGUACAUCGGUAGCGGCCGAUAAAUCAUCAUUCUUGGAGGUGAAGUCCGUAGAGACCAUCAAUGAACAGGUUGAUAUUGUAAAGGUGACUGAAGAACCACCGAUGAACAACGAUUCGUCCCAGUUAGACUACCGCCAAACAUACGCCGAAUUUAGCCGACCACCUAGCCUUCCUAAUCCAGUACAAAAACCAUGUCCCGAAUGCGGAAACAAUGUACCUGAAAAUGAACUGCAAUCGCAUCUCGACUUCCAUUUCGCUCUCCAACUCAGUCAACAGCAACGGGAAGAAUUCCGCAGUGAAAUAAAAACGAAAUAUGUGUCCCCUUCCACAGCGAAGCCCAAAACCGUAUCUUCGACUCUACGGGCCAAGCCUAAAGCUCCUCUAAUCGAUAAGUUCCUGACCGCAGCUAACGCAUCGAAUACCUCCACUGACGACGUGACGACAGCCUGUUCCGAAUGUGGCAAACUCAUCCCAACGGCAAACAUGCCGGAACAUCUCGACUACCAUGCUGCAAGGAAGCUGCAAAUUGAGCUGAAUAAAUUGGAAAUGCACACCGUGAAGUCAAACAAAUUUGUAUCUGUCGUUAACAAGAGUGGCAACGUUUCCAAUGGUGGCCUCAAGCGAAAACGACCAACAUCUGGCGAUAAAAGUCAACCAACUAGAACAAACAGUUUGUCGUCGUACUUCAACAAAAUGUGAACUCAAUUAACGAACGAGUCUCACGUGCCAUGUUAAGUCUCUCUUUGUUCCAUUAUAAUAUUCGUAGUGUUAUGCAGUGCAAAAUGUUACGUUGAAUAUUAAGUUUUUAUUGCCAUAGUUCCUAAAUCGUAAAUAUAUCCUUCUGUCUUUAGUCCAAAUUGGGCAGACCCUUCCUCAGA